AUGCCUCACUCCACUACCUCCGGAUCUUACUCUCGGGACCCCUCGGUGUCGCGAUCAACAACUAAGUCAGCCGCCGAUGGUAGCGUCGAUUCAGGGCUCGAGAAAUUUCCCGAUUUCAACAAUAUCGAUGCGCCGCCCUUCAGCAACGGCCUAACGUCUGCCAGUCCCGUGGGGCUGGGUCUGAAUGGCUAUGGGAACAGCAACGGCCUUAAUCGAGGGCUGUCUCCAUUCGCAGAUCGCUGGCAGCCAAAGAAAGACCAGACGAGAGGCGUGCAAUGGGGACAGCUGGGACGGUCGGCUGUUCCAUCGCAAGUUCGCGGCGGUGCGCCCGAUCAUGAGAAGCAGAAGAGCAUCGGCGAGGCCUUUCGAACCAUUAGAGACAGGAACGGAAGCGUCAGUCAGAAUGCCCAUGAGAUCGCGGGCGCUCUGCGUGCCCCCGUGUCAGCGAAACUUAUUAUACUCUGUGUUUUGUGGUACGCAUCUUCCGCUUUAACAAACACGUCAUCCAAGUCUAUCCUGAACGCCUUCGACAAGCCUGCCACGUUGACGUUAAUCCAAUUCUUUCUCGUCGCUUUUUACUGUUUAGCGUCAUCAUGGCUCGCCUCCGUCUUCCCGAGCCUGCGAAUGUCGAUACCUGCGCUGAGGCAUCCCAUUCGUUAUCCAUCGCGCGACGUCGUUAUGACUACUCUGCCCUUGGCCGCUUUCCAGAUUGGCGGCCAUCUGCUAAGCUCCACGGCGACCUCGAAGAUACCAGUGUCACUGGUGCAUACUGUCAAGGGAUUGUCUCCGCUCUUUACUGUCCUCGCAUACCGAUUCAUCUUCAAUAUCAAAUAUCCAACGGCGACGUACUUCUCGCUCAUACCCCUAACCCUUGGCGUGAUGCUGGCGUGUUCGGGAAAUCGUACUUUUGGAGGCGAACUCUUGGGCCUGAUAUACGCGCUUUUGGCGACGGUGAUAUUCGUGACGCAGAACAUAUUUUCCAAGCAACUCUUCAACGAGGCGGCCAGAGCCGAGGCUGAUGGUCUUUCGGCUAAAUCUCGAAAGCUCGACAAGCUCAACUUGCUGUGCUACUCAUCAGGGAUGGCAUUUGUGCUUACAGUGCCUAUCUGGUUCUGGAGCGAUGGCCUUGGACUGCUACGCGAUAUGUAUAGCGACGGCUCCUUGGAUCUUACUGGCAAUCCGAAUACCAUGGGUCAUGGGCGGUUAUUCCUCGAGUUCUUGUUUAACGGCACUUUCCAUUUUGGACAGAACAUACUGGCAUUUAUCCUUCUAUCACUUGUCUCCCCCGUCACAUACUCGGUCGCGUCCCUUAUUAAGCGCGUCUUCGUUAUCGUUGUGGCGAUUGUGUGGUUCCGUAAUACGACCACGAGGAUUCAAGCCGUAGGAAUUGCCCUCACAUUUGUCGGGUUGUACUUAUACGAUCGUACGAGUGAGAGCAAUAAGGCAGACCGACGCGCCCGCCUGUUGAGCCAGAGUGCGGUUGGCCAGCCCUUGCUCCCGCUUAACACCCAGGGAGCGUUUGCACAAACCAAUGGGGCGCCUAUCUUCGAGAGUCCGAUGACUGUGUCAGCAGCCCCGAAUCUUCAUAUUUAUACAAGUGGGCAUUCAUCACUCGCUAAUAGCGGGAGCGAAGAUUCAAAGAAGAACGACCAAGCAGGCCCUGGUAGGCAGAGAGGAAACAGCAGUGCCGCUUGGUUGGCGCCCGGUACGCGACAAGAAGACACUUGGAGGCUUGAGGAUAAGAUGCAACGAGCCCAGCGUGUCAACUGA